AUGGCGAAUGUCGCGUUGAUCGGAUGCACAGGCAUGGUGGGAUCCCACAUCCUCACCAGCCUGCUGUCCAACUCGAGUAUCAGUCGAGUUGACACAAUCUCCCGUCGAACCCCUCAAGUUGCCGGCGGCGCCCCGCAAUCCAAGCUCACCACUUUCGUAUCCGACAAAACCGAAAGCUGGGCCGGACAGCUUUCAUCGCUCACGCCCACCCCGGAAAUCUUCAUCUCCGCCUUCGCCACGACCAGGGCUAAUGCGGGCGGAUUCGAGAAUCAGUAUAAGAUCGAGCAUGGCUUGAAUGUUGAACUGGCGCGUGCCGCGCGCGACGCUGGCGUCAAGGUCUACGUGUUGAUCUCCAGCGCGAACGCGAACAAGGCUUCUUCAAUUCCCUACACGCGCAUGAAGGGUGAGAUCGAAGAGGAUGUGAAGGCGCUCGGAUUUGAUCGCACUGUGAUUGUGCGCCCUGGUUUGAUUACCGGUACGCGGGAGGAGAGUCGCCCGUUGGAGGCGUCUAUUCGUUUCAUUGCUGGGUGGGCUGGAAAGCUGCACUCGGGAUUGAAGGAUGGCUGGGCGCAGGACUCGGAUGUUAUCGCUCGGGCCGCGGUUAAUGCUGGUCUGAAGGCACUUGAGGGGGAUGUUCCUGCUGGCAGUGAGAAGGUGUGGAAUCUUGACGGCAGUCAGAUCAUUGCGCUUGGAAAGGAGUCUACUACCGCGUCUUAG